GAAAAAUCACGGUAGUUUACUGAAUACUAGCCGAGUUAAUAUGUAAGACGUUCUGGUUUUAUGUUUAACCUCUUAUGCAGUUGUUAAAAAUCACCAAAUUUAAACAAAAACAGUGACUGAUUAUUCUCUGAAUUGAAAUGGAUAAUUGUUUAUCUAAACACCGGUAUUUCUUCUGUCAACAAUUGAACAUGUGAUAUUUUAAAUGAUCUGUCAUAAUUCGUUGACGAUCUAAUUGGUUUCAAAAUUGACACCUCUGGCUUUUCACGUUUACACGCAGGAGAUAUUAUCUGUUUAACAUAAGCUUAAAAAAUGACGCGAAGCCAAACAAGAUCUGGAAGUAGGCCAGGUGCCGGUAAGAAUCCUCCACGGAGCUCGUCAAAAACCGGAUCACCAGAUGCCUGCGACAAAAUUUUGCCCGCCCACAGGUCCAGGCAGGUCAGAGUUACUCUCACUAGAUUAGAAAUGCCCAAAGUAGUGGACGGUUCUGCUAGCAAAACGUAUAAAGCAGACGAGAUUAAACAUUUAAGCAACGGUUCUACGAUACAAUUGAAUCAGAGAACUCUCAAGUCAAGACGAGCCAUUCGAACGACGUCGAAUUUAUUCAAGGUGGAACAAGAAAAUAGAAUGCCGCUGCUGAGGAGUGGCGAUAAAACUGCUUCUCAAUCUGAUGAUGGAGACUUGCCGGGCAAAAGAGAAAACGUGAAAAAGACGGAUUUGAAUCGAAGCGAACGCCGAGAAUGGACUGCAUCAGUUGGAGUUUCGUUACUUACUUUGAUGACGACUAUUUGUAUUCCGCUACUGCAAGUUGCCUGUACGAACGAUCACUGCGGUUCUGAUAAUUUUCGCCUACCCAGUUUACAUGAAUGGCAACUGCAUUUCGAUCGAGACGCGUUCUUAUUUUACGCUGGAUAUCUGUGCUGCCUCACAAUAGUAUCUGUGCUACCAAUCGGGAAAGUCGUAGCUGUUAAACGUACAACAAAUAGCACGCAUCGUCGAAUUAAUGGGCUAUGGACUUUAAUUUUAGCAGUAUCUAUAUUUGCCGGAUUAGUUUAUCAAGGUUACUCAGUUGAAGAGUUUUUAAUAAAAAAUUCUCUCAAGUUGACUAUAACCGGUUUGGUGUACGCUUUAGUUUUAUCACUAGUUUUGUACAUCAAAGCAAAUUGGGCAUCUGCAUCGAAUAUCAACCCUUAUCGUUCUACCAACAGUAUCAUCUGUAACUUUUGGCAAGGUAGAGAAAUCAAUCCGCGAAUCGGACCUGUCGAUGUUAAACAAGUGCUGUUCAAAUCGACAGCAAUUACAACGAAUUUAAUCAAUUUGGCAGUAGCAGUAACGAUUUUGAAGGAAGUGGACUCUUUGCAGUGGGACAAUUUGAACAAUUUGAAUAUCACCGCCCUCACGGUUAUUAGUUUGCAAACGAUUUUCUUCGCCGACAAGCUUAUCUUUGAAGAGAGAUUCCUUUCAAGUUUCGAAAUGAGUGUCGAGGGACUGGGAUACAUGCUGACUACUGCAUAUUUAAUUUAUCCUUACGUUUCAACUCUUUCUACGAGAUAUCUACUGAUUCACAAAGUUCAACUACCUCUGUACCUGAUAGUUGUAUGGACUAUUGUUUUUUUCGUUGGUUAUUGGAUCUACCGUGGAAGUAAUAAUCAAAAAGACGAAUUCAGGAAAAAUCCGUUGUCUCCCGCUCUGUCUCAUCUGGAAACAAUACCAACGCCCGCAGGUAAACGUUUGCUCGCGUCAGGAUUUUGGGGAUACGUUAGGCGUCCAAAUUACCUUGGCAAUAUUCUGAUGCACUUAGCAUGGGCUUUCCUAGGCUUCACCCUGGACAUUAUACCAUACGUUUUUGCCAUUUCCACUAUAGUCAUUUUAAUUCAUCGGGCAGUCAAAGACGAGGCUCGAUGCGAAAAACGUUAUCGAUUUGCUUGGAAGCAGUACUGUCAACGUGUCAAAUAUAUAAUUCUGCGCCCAGUAUUUUAAAGAUUGUAUUAUAGAUUGUAAUAGUUAUUAAUCGAAAGAGACGAUCGUCUAUUCGUACAUUGGGAUAUCAUAACUACAACCUUGAAAUUUCGAGUACCUUUUAUCAAGGAUUGCUUCAUACUUCUGUACUUGUGAACUAAACUAUUUAUGCCUAGAGUAAGUCACAAGCAAUUUUAUACUUCUUUUUAUAUGUAUAAGUUUAUAAGUCAUAUGUGUACAUAUGUAUGGUGGAUGAAAAUGAAAUUUACGUAAAAUAUCUUAACCAAAGCUCAAAUGAAUCAUAAGUUUUCAA